UGGAGACGACCCGGUCUGUUUACAGGCUGUCAUGAUUACCGGUCUCACCAUCAUGUGACCUUGUAUGAUUACCGGUCUCAGCAUCAUGUGACCUUGUAUUAUUACCGGCCUCAGCAUCAUGUGACCUUGUAUGAUUACCGGUCUCAGCAUCAUGUGACCUUCUAAAUAACUGUUAAGUCAUGUGACCGCUGAUGGUUGGUGUCACUUGCUGCAGCCUCUACACUGAGACAAUACUACCAAUAAUCCCCAGGGGAGAAAUGAUCCCGCUACACCAUGACCACAUACUACCACCCCCUGAUGGCUGCAUAAUACCCCCAUACUGUUACUGGAUACAAAACAGUGACUAAGCCAUUUCCAAGGGAUUAGGAGAAAAUGGCGCAAUGUCCAAAGCGGGUGAAGUGAAUAGAGGCCACGGAGUCUCCAUUCUGAUCGGACAGCAGGGUUAUAUCCACCAAUCACAUACUUACAUUUGAUUCCAUCGUCUGAUGAGGAGGACAUCGUCCUAUUGAUGCAGAUAAAGAACAGUGCCCCGGCGUUCAGACCCGGAAGAUUCCCAAAAAAGGUUUCUAAAAUGCCGUACAUAAGCGAAGUAACAGAACUUCGAGGGGACAUCCCACCAGCCCGAAAGAGGAAGAAAAGAAAGAGGAGACAAACUAACUCUUCAGUCGCAUUGGAUGCAGACACUAUAAGAUUCAAGACUAAAGUGAUAACAACGAAGCGAGCCUUCAGACCAGAUCAAUAUCCGAAAAAGGUCUCCAGAGCAACACCACUGCAAAACAUCAUUGAAAGAGCUGCAGAGGAAUGGGAGGCCAGAAAACCAGAAAAUACUGUGGAGAAGAUGGAUGGAGGGAUGGAAAAAUCGGAGAAGAAGGAGGAUGGAGGAAUGGAAAGAUCAGAGGAGAAGGAGGAUGGAGGAAUGGAAAGAUCAGAGGAGAAGGAGGAUGGAGGAAUGGAAAGAUCAGAGGAGAAGGAGGAUGGAGGAAUCGAAAGAUCAGAGGAGAAGGAGGAUGGAGGAAUGGAAAGAUCAGAGGAGAAGGAGGAUGGAGGAAUGGAAAGAUCAGAGAAGAAGGAGGAUGAAGGAAUGAAAAGAUCAGAGGAGAAGGAGGAUGGAGGAAUGGAAAGAUCAGAGGAGAAGGAGGAUGGAGGAAUGGAAAGAUCAGAGGAGAAGGAGGAUGGAGGAAUGGAAAGAUCAGAGGAGAAGGAGGAUGGAGGAAUGGAAAGAUCAGAGGAGAAGGAGGAUGGAGGAAUGGAAAGAUCAGAGGAGAAGGAGGAUGGAGGAAUGGAAAGAUCAGAGGAGAAGGAGGAUGGAGGAAUGGAAAGAUCAGAGGAGGAGGAGGAUGGAGGAAUGGAAAGAUCAGAGGAGGAGGAGGAUGGAGGAAUGGAAAGAUCAGAGGAGAAGGAGGAUGGAGGAAUGGAAAGAUCAGAGGAGGAGGAGGAUGGAGGAAUGGAAAGAUCAGAGGAGGAGGAGGAUGGAGGAAUGAUGAUACAGAAAGAGACAGCAAGAGAGGAAGAGACUGUGAUUUUUAGAACACCAAGUGGCCGGUCCAGACAACGACUGAGGGACAUAUUCCGCUCCAUAUUCUGCUGUUGUUGCUGCAAAACCAGCGACUAGAAA